AUGACUGGAAGCCUGGCGAUCCGCAAGCCUGCGCCCGAGUUCACGGCCGACGCUGUCGUCGAUGGCGAGUUCAAGAAGAUCUCGCUGUCCGACUACAGAGGUAAGUACGUGGUGCUUUUCUUCUACCCCAUGGACUUUACGUUCGUGUGCCCGACCGAGAUCUGCGCGUUCAGCGACCGCGUCGAGGACUUUGAGCAGCUCAACACGCAGGUGAUUGGCGCGUCGGUUGACUCGAAGUUUUCGCACUUAGCGUGGAUCAACACGCCUCGCAAGAAGGGCGGGUUAGGGGCGAUGAACAUCCCACUCGUGGCCGACGUGACAAAAGAGCUGUGUACCAAGUACCACGUGACGGUCGAGGACGGGGAUGAAGUGGGCGUGGCGUUCCGCGGUCUGUUUAUUAUUGACAAGGAGGGCAUUCUGCGUCAAAUCACGGUCAACGAUCUUCCCAUUGGCCGCAACGUGGACGAGGUGCUGCGACUUGUGGAAGCGCUGCAGUUCCACGAGGAGCACGGCGACGUGUGUCCUGCCAAUUGGAAGAAGGGCAGCAAGGCCAUGACUGCAAGUCCGAAGGAGUCGCUGCAGUACUUUGAGUCGCUUGAAGAGCCCUCGAGGAAGCGUAAAGUUGCGGCGUGA